AUGUCUCGCCCUGCACACAAAAGGCCAGAAUAUCACAAAAUAAACAAAGACCUUUUUGUACUCACCUAUGGAGCUCUGGUUGCUCAGCUAUGCAAGGAUUAUGAAAAAGAUGAGGAUGUGAACAAAUACCUAGAUAAAAUGGGUUACGGUAUUGGGACGCGGCUGGUGGAAGACUUUUUGGCUCGAUCCUGUGUGAGAAGAUGCCAUAGUUAUUCGGAAAUUGUCGACAUAAUCGCCCAGGUUGCUUUCAAGAUGUAUUUGGGAAUUACACCAAGUGUGACCUGUCACAACUCAAGCAGAAACAAAUUUUCCCUGAUUCUAGACAAGAAUCCUCUGGCAGAGUUUGUGGAAGAGCUCCCUGCUGGACGAUCUGCCUUGUGCUACUGCAACUUACUGUGUGGGAUCAUCAGAGGAGCCCUGGAGAUGGUUCAUUUGGCUGCUGAUGUUACAUUCUUGCAAGACAGACUAAAAGGCGACAGUGUAACUGAAAUCGGAAUAACAUUUCUGAAAAAGCUGGAUGAGAAAAAAUACAGACGGAAAAAAUGA